AUGAAUUACCGAGGCGCCGACGCAAAGCAGCACAACAAGAGCAAAAAUAAGUUCCCCCUUUUCUUUCUCAAAAACAAAUACUCUAGUGCGAAGCAGUGUCUUGGCCAAGGCAGCGGCCCCAUGAACCCGCAAGGUGCACAUAACACACAAGGGAGCCACUCCAACCAGGGUCCCCACCACGUAGGCGACAGCGUCUGCAGCGCCUUCCAGGGAAGUGCCUCCAGCAACGCAGCUACUCAUAACAGCAACGCAGCUACUCACAACGGCAACCCGGGUAGUCACAACAGCGCCAGUAUGUAUUACAAGAGACGAAGCAACUUUAGCGGAGCGGGCAUGGUCCCGCCCAACAGCGCCAGCGGAGCGGAUCCCAAGAACAGCAGCGCCAUGAUGAGCUACAAUGAUGACAUGUAUCACUUCGAGAAGCAGAAGCUGCUCAACGGAGGGGCGGCCGGAACCUCUGGAGGAGUCGGCGCGUACCACAUGGAUGCCGCGCACGGGAACAGCACCGGUGGAAGCAUCAGCAAUAGUGGCGGCCAGGGAAGCGGUCACUCUGCUGGCGGUCACUCUGCUGGCGGUCACUCUGCUGGCGGUCACUCUGCUGGCGGUCACUCUGCUGGCGGCCACUCUGCUGGCGGCCAUCCUGGUAGUGCCCACCCUGCUAGCGGCCACCACGGCAAGUUCUACAGCAAAAACACAUACAGUUUCCACCCCAAGAAGGAGGGCAGGCAGAACUAUGAAAGCUACCUGAGCUGCAUGCACGAGGGAACCAACAGCAGCAGCCACGGAGGCAUAAGCCACGGGAACAGGAGCCACAAAAAUUAUAAUUAUGAUGGUAACAGGGAGAGUUACGUCAGCAUGGGUGGCCCCAAAAAUGUGAGUCGGUGCUACGACGUUGGGGACGGCGCCUCCUGCAUGAACAUGGCCGGGCAGAAGAAGGUGAAUUACUUCGACGCCGGCGUGGGGGGAGGUUACCAGCAUGCGGCGGCGCAUGGAGCGGCACAUGGAGCGGCGCAUGGAGCGGCGCAUGCAUCGGCACAUGGAGCGGCGCAUGCAUCGGCACAUGGAGCGGCGCAUGCAUCUACCCAUGCAUCUACCCAUACCGCUUCUUACGGCGCGAGCGAGCAGCUGAGGAGAGAGCCCCCCAGGGAAAAGAACGCCCUGCAGAACGCAGCCGUCAUGAGCGGCGAAAAGAAAGAACCCAUGCUGAUUAUGAUUAACGGGGAGAGAGCCACCAACAACGGCAGUGACCGUGUGGAGAAGGUGGGGAAGAAGGAGAGUCACGCGCAGGCGGACGACGACUACGUGGAGCGGCAGGAGGAGGAGCAGCAGCAGCAGCAGGAUGAUGAUGAAGAGGAGGAGGAGGAGGAAGAUGACGAAGAGGAAGAGGAAGAAGACGAAGAAGAAGAAGCGGACGGGGAGGAGGCAGAAGAGCAAGACGACGUCGACCUCUCCUUUGCGAAACGCUCCCACAAUGUUGGUACCCCUCGGGGAAGCAGCAACCACCGAGACGGCUACCAAAACGUUAAGGAGGUGGGCCAUACCAAAAAUGAUGCUCGAAAGGGGGGAAACCCACCCACUGAUGGGGCCAAUUUGAGUAACGCUGGGAGGGCAAGCAACCCACAAGAAGGAACCACCAAUGUAGUGGAGCCAAUGAACACCACCCAAGUAGUACCCCCACACACACACACACCCAGCAACCACCUGACCGGAGUCAGCAACAAACAUUUAGACUCCAUCUCGGGAAGCGCCUAUAACAUCGCCUACAUGUUCAUUUACCAGUACUACUACGUCCUGCACACGAAGAAGGCCAUGAUGCAUAAUUUUUACUCCGAGAAUGCCAUUCUGCUGGUCAGCUUCAACUGCCAGAGUGGGGGGACAAAGCAGGUGGGCCCAUCGGGCAACUCACCAGGCGACUCAUCCGGGUGCGCAUUGGGCAGCGCAUUGGGAAGCGCGUUUACCAGCGCGGUGAGGGGCAACCUGGGGGAGAGCGCCCCAAACGAGCAGAGCGACGCGGACAAGUUCUUCAACCUCAGCGAAAUGAACGUGCAAGGCAGCGAGCGAAGCGGAAACGUCAUCAAAAUGAAGAACAAGCAAAUUAUUGCGGACUACUACACCCAGCUGGGAAUUAGCGAGUGCACCGUGCACAUUAACUCUAUAGAGGUCAUUAACCUGCACGACGAAAUUUACCUGUACAUUCAGGGGAAAAUAAAAAAAAACAAAAGCACCAAUCUGUUUUACCACUUUUUGCAAAACAUACACCUGCACAAGUAUACCGUUUGCCAGUACUACGUGGAUGUGGAUUUCAUUCACUACUACUGCUUGGAUGUGGCGAAUCAGCAGCUCGAGGGUUCGCUUCAAAGUAGGGCAGACGGGAAGGCAGCCGCAGGGGGUAGUCAUCCCAUCGUAGAGGUGAAAGGAAAGGAAGAUGGCACGAAGAAGAAACCGAAAGUUAGCAAGUUGAAUGCUACCCUUGGGGGGAAGAUAACCCUUCCCAAAGGUGGUGAAGCAGCUACCGCUUCUACACCCGCUGCUACCACGCCGGGUAGUAGCCGCCUCAAAGGGGACCCAUACGGGAAAGCCGCCAGCGGAUUGAAAAAAGGAGCCGUAAAAAAGACAGAAGUGGUAGAACCCGUUUUGGCAUCCCCCCAGAGGAGUCUCACCAAGGAGGGUAAGGCAAAAGUGACCCCCAUUAAAGGAAUGCCCAGCGAAGGAAGCUACCUCCCCCUUGGAGAAGCCAAAUGUGGAAGUACCACCAAGCAGUCAGUGCUCACCCCCUCGGGUGUUAGUAAGCCUACUGAGAGGAAGUCCCACAUGGCGAAGUACGCACAAGUGCAUUCCCCCCACGGGGAGGAAGAAGACGACGAAGAGGAAGAGGAGGAGGAAGAAGGAGACUACCUCGACCUGGGUGAGGAAGAUUACCUGGAGGAGGACGACGAGGAGGAAGAGGAUGAGGCCGACCUGGACGUUUUGGAAGCGAAGCACCCAUCGCGCCAAUCACUGCAUGACGUGGAAGCGUUGGGGGAUUACCUCGACGACGCGUACGAAGCCGAGGUGGAGACGGAGGCGGAUGCGGAGGCGGCCCAACUGAGCAGGGCAAACAAAGGGUCCCCCGCGAAGAGGGACGAAGCGGCGUUGCUCAAAAGAGCGCAGGGUAGCGGCAAGCCGGUAAAGAAGGGCACAGGGCAGCUCGAUGCGGAACCUAUAGGAACGAAUGUCGCAUUGAAGAAAAACAGCAAACUGAAGAGCGAAGAUGAGACUGUAGGGGCAAAGAAGAGCAGUGCAAAUGUCGUUGGGAAGGUGGCAGCGGAGGGGGGCUCCCCAAUACGGGCAACGAAUGAAGGCGCGGCCGCAAAGCAGCAGGCGGCCUCCCCAGAUGGCGGCAAAAAGGAACAACGGGCUAAAGAAAAGGGUAGCGCCGGUAGGGAGGCGGAGGAGAAGGCGGAGAAAAUGGAGAAGGGGGCCAACGUGACCACCGCGGCGACGGAGGCGAAGAAGGCCAAGAAGAGCAAAAGCGACGGAAGCAGCAACGCCUGGAAGGUAGACAGCGAGGAGAAGUGCCCCAAGAUGGAGACCAUCCUCCAGGAGGAGAAAACGCUCAGCGAAAAUGCGAAGAAAAAGAAAAAGGAGAAGGAGAAGGAGAAGGAGAAGAGCAGCAAAGUAGACCCCAACAGCUGGGUCUUCCGAGUGAUGCGCAAUAGCAAAGUGGCCACCCAGGGGGAGAAGCCCAAUCAGGGAGUGAAACCCACACAGGGGGAGAAACCAACUGAGGGGGAGAAACCAACUGGGGAGGGCGAAACCGACUUGGAGACCCAAGAAGAGGAAGAACACGAGAUCAGCGCAAACGACAAAAAAAUAAUCAUUCACAAUAUACAUAAAACCAUGGAUAAGAAAAAAAUAAACGAUUGCAUAAUCGAUCGGUUGAAGAAUUAUAAUGAUGGGCAUGCUGUGCAAAUUGACAUCUAUCAGCGGUCAGCCAAGAAGCUCUUUCCCAACUCCUUCAACCCCGUUAGCUACGAGAAGGGGAAAGCGGCAGAGAAUUACUCGUAUGCCAUCGCCGAGCUGGACUGCCGGCAGAGCCAGAAGCUGCUCCUAGACCUGGGCCUCUACUGCAACGGCAUAAAAUUGAGCAUUGAGACGUUUAAGGAGAAAAGGAAGACGCCCGAGGCUGCCAAGAGGAGCGGCAGGAAGUUUAACGCUUUCGGGGGAAGCGGCUUCGGGGGAAGCGGCUUUGGCGGCAACGGCUUCGCAGGAAACGGCUUCGCAGGAAACGGCUUCGCAGGAAACAGCUUCGCAGGAAACAGCUUCGGCGACUACGGAGGCGGAGCCCCCCUGGACGCCUCCAAACCGAAGGACGACCGCUACAGGAACUCCUUCUUCCGGGGCUCCUCCGCCACGGUCACGACGGUCGGCGUGGCGCAGUUCCGGAGCAAGAGGAACAACAUUUUUGUUAAGUGA